CUCCGGUCAAUGCAUUUAACAAAUCUCUGCGCCGCCGCGCAUGCAUGAAUAUAAUUCAAACAUGGAACCGCGUUUUCCUUUUUACAUUUCCUCAAUUCCGUCCUUCUUCUCAAUUCAACCUACUAAUAUUUCCAAUCUUCAAUACUGUAUAAUUUUCCAUCUCAAUUCUCAAUCACUUCUUCCUAUUGCUUUAAUUUCUCGAUCGCCCGAACUGAUCUGAAGUGCAUGUUCUAGCUGCUGUCAUGAAUGACCUUCUGUCAACAUCCUUCUCCCUCCCUCGCGAAAACAGGGGAUCUCCGCAGCCGCCGGACUCCUACACCGUCGAGAUGGCGACCGGAGGGGGUGCAAGCCUCUCCAAGUUCUUCGAUGACGUGGAGGCCAUCAAGGAAGACCUCAAACACAUCGGGGACAUCUACGCCAACCUCAGAGCCUCCCAUGAACGGAGCAAAACCCUUCACAACGCCGAACAAGUCAAAGGCCUCCGGUCGGAGAUGGACCGGGACGUCUCCCUUGCCCUCAAACAAGCCAAACUCGUCCAACACCGCCUCCAGGAGUUAGACCAGUCCAACGCCGCCAACCGCGAUAUCUACGGCUUCGGCCCCGGCAGCUCUUCCGAUCGGACGAGAACCUCCGUCGUGAACGGCUUGAGGAGCAAGCUGAAGGAGUACAUGAACCAGUUCAACGAUCUCCGCCAGAGGAUCGAAGCAGAGUACCGAGAUACGGUGCAACGGAGGUACUACACCGUGACCGGAGAGAGUCCGGAGGAGGAGGUGCUUGACAAGUUAAUCUCGACGGGGCAGAGCGAGACGUUUAUGCAGAAGGCUAUACAAGAACAGGGGAGAGGGGAGGUCAUGAGCACGGUCAUGGAGAUCCAGGAGCGGCACGAGGCAGUGAAGGAGGUGGAGAGGAACUUGAAGGAGCUUCACCAAGUGUUCAUGGACAUGGCGGUGCUGGUAGAGACGCAGGGGGAGCAGCUGGAUGACAUCGAGAGCCAGGUGCAGAGGGCUAAUAGUGUGGUGCGCCAUGGGGCUCACCAGCUCCAGGAGGCCCGCACCAAACAGAAGAGCACCCGCAAGUGGACUUGCUACGCCCUCCUACUCCUCCUCAUCAUCAUCCUUAUCAUUGUUCUCUCCAUUCGACCAUGGAAAUAAUAAAUUAAUUCAAUACAUGCAAUUCAUUAAUAAACUAGAUCUCAUUCAAAUUAAUCCAUUAAUUAAACUCCCUCCUCCAAUCCUCGACUAGCUAGCUUCAUUCAUUUUUUUGUUAAUAGAGAUUGUAUGUAUAUAUGUAUGUAUGUAUGCAUGCAUGUAUGUAUGCAUGUAUGCAUGCAUGCAUGCAUGCAUGUAUGUAUGUAUGUAUGUAUGGCUUGUGUACAUACAUUGUGCAUACAUUUUUAUGUUACAUCCUUUAUUCUUUUCUUUUAGAAAAUUCUUUUUGUAUAUACACGGUCUCUUCUCAAACUAGUGUAGUUACGUAUUUUAGUUUUUAC